AUGAUUCAUGCAUUAGUCAAUAAUUAUUGCUGUUUUCCUCCCAACACGAGGAAAUCAAAAUGGAUAAGAGAAAACAUGGAGUUUGAUCCGGAUACAGCCCAUCCCCGAUAUAUUGUGUCUUCAGAUGGAAAAACAGUAUGGUGGGGAAAUGUCCGUCAGGACUACCCCUACAGUCCAAAUAGGUUUGAAUACGCCCGCUGUGUGCUUGGAAUGCCGGGAUUCAGAUCAGGGAAACAUUAUUGGACGGUGGAUGUCCAAAAUGUCAGCAAUUGGGCUGUGGGCGUAGCCAGAGAGUCUGUGGAGAGGAAUAGGGAAAUUAAUUUUGAACCUGAUGAAGGGAUCUGGGCAGUUGGCUUUAACCGCCGCGAUCAAUUCAAAGCUCUGACUUCACCUCCUUUCUAUUUGGACCCAGAAGAGGGCCCAACACAAAUCCAAGUUUCGUUGAACUACGAAGCAGGGAAAGUGUCGUUUUAUGAUGCUGAAGAUAAGUGCUGCCUCUAUAUUUUCAAUUCAAUUGAUUUUGAAGGGGAGGAAGUUUUCCCCUUUUUUCGGAUUGUAGAUCCAUCAGCUUGCCUCCAGCUGUGCUAUUAAAGCACAUGUUCCUUGGCCUUUGCUUUGCCUUUCCUGGCAGCACGUAUCCUUUCUGAGCACAUUGUAUUUGGAAGUCUGUACAGGCCGCAGUUUCCAUCCCAGGCUGCUGUCCCACAUUCCCCUUCAACAAAGGACCAUGGUGUUUUGGUUUGACUGUGCAGAUGAUUGCUUUAUAAUCCAGUACAGCAAAGAAGCACUGUAUUAUUGCAGAUAAUGUUCCUUUAAUUUUGCACCCUCUCAGUGGUGCCAGUGGGGAAUUUCCUCCUAACACAAAUAGCAGCUUCAGAGGAGGGAUUAUACUCGGGACCAAAGCAAAGGAGGAAAGGGUUAAAUCCCCCACCACCUUUUUUGGGAUUCUAAUAAUCAUUAGCUUCUUCUCUUAGCAUUUUGCAGCUUUACAAACCUGUAUUUUUAAUGCUAAACCAAAUAUUGUCUAUUUUUGACCCUUAGUCUUCCCAUAUAUUAACUGUACUAUUUGUUAGCAUAGAACUGUUAGCAUUUUACUUUUAAUAAACCUGUGAUUUGAUGUCACCAUUGCAU